UGGACUAAACGAACAUGAGUUCACUGGAGUUUGAUGGAUGAACGGACACAUGCGAUAUACAGAGUAAUUGAGUUUUACACACCAGCGAUGAGUCUUUACAAACAUUAUAUGACUGUGACGCCUCGGGAUUACUGGAUUAUAUACUAGAACACACAACUCAUUUAAUUCCUUCAGUAAUCAUAUUUGUGCGGUGUUAUUCGUCAUGGCUGGACACGGAUGGUUGAAAUAUUAUCUAUGGAUUAAUAUCUUCACCUACAGGUUUAUAUUCGCAUCAUCCAUAUCACUGGAGACCAUCAUCUGGAGCUCUCAAAACCUCAAGUUCCAGAAGGCUAAAGGUCUGGCGAUUUAUCCUGAUAUCGGGGACAAGUUGGAUAUUAUCUGUCCAAAAGCAGACCUGAGCCAGCCUUACGAGUAUUAUAAACUUUAUCUGGUGAAGAAAGAUCAGGCGGAGGACUGCAGUACUGUUCUGGAUCCAAAUGUGCUGGUCAACUGCAACAAACCAGAGAUGGACAUCAAAUUCACCAUCAAAUUUCAGGAGUUCAGUCCAAACUACAUGGGCCUGGAGUUCAAGAAGAACAUCGAUUACUACAUCACCUCCACAUCUAAUGGCUCUUUGGAAGGACUGGAGAAUCGUGAGGGAGGAGUCUGCAAAACUCGCUCUAUGAAGGUUAUCAUGAAGGUUGGACAGGACCCAAGUGCAGUAGCACCAGUGUCACAGCAGACUGAACGGCCCAUGCUUGAAGCAGGUGCGGAUGUUUCCUCUGACACAGACCACGACAGACCACGGGGAGCAGCAAACACUGAAAUGAUUAAUCAGAUUCCCAGUGACAGUGAUGACAGCAUUCUGGGCUCAAAGAUUGCCAUGUUCUCCGCCAUCGGUGCUGGUUGCGUCAUCUUCCUAAUCCUCAUAAUUUUUCUGGUCAUUCUGCUCAUCAAGAUUCGCAAGCGCUCACGGAAGCCUACGCAGCCCCGAUCAACCUCCCUGAUGCUCAGCACCCUCACCAGCCCCAAGAUGAUGGGCAACGCCAGCUCCGAGCCCAGUAACAUCAUCAUCCCAUUACAGACAGAAAACAAUUACUGCCCACACUAUGAGAAAGACAGCGGCGAUUACGGUCAUCCGGUCUAUAUCGUACAGGAAAUGCCUCCGCAGAGUCCGACCAACAUCUACUACAAGGUAUGAAGCUUCAUGAGAGCUGUUGGACAUUGUUUUUAUUGCACUGACUCUCUGAUAUGGAGACGUUCUCAAUCAUUCACCAGAACAGAAAUAAUGGACUGAGAACCACAGGACAAAACAGAGAGAGGGACAGUUUUGUGGGAGCCUGUAACCUCAGACUUUCGCUCUGUGUGUCUCUCUUUCUCUUAUAUUUUAGUUUUAUUACAAUAACAAUUUUUUUUUUUGCACAUUUGUGUGAAUGCAAUGCAUUUAAAAUCUCCUGGAACAAUCGAAAUGGAGUUUCCUGCAUAUUGAGCAACCAGAAGAGCGUUUUCCAUUCCUACCAGAUCCUUUGGUUUCAAACAAUUCCUCAGGUGUAAAUUCAGACUUUUCACACUCAGGUAACAGGGCACAAGAUGACAAAUAAUGGCGAUUGUCCCCCUUCUUACAACAAAAAUUUGCCUUACUAGUUUUAAACAGAUUUUUGCUGUUUCUCAUAGAGAUUCAUUUGCAGUUUUGCUUCAGGCUUCAGUUGUAUAGAGUGUGUAUUGUAUGUAAUGAACAUUUGUCGAUGUCGCUUUAACCUCUGUGUUUUAUUGUGUAUAAUGUUCAUUUGGCCCUUGUGCUAAACCAGCGGUUACUGCACAUGUUAAUGCAGGCCGAGGAGAGAUACGGACAUGUGGAGGGUAAAGGGGCAGUUCAUCCAAAAAUCAUAAUUUCUCACCAAUCCUAUAUGACUUUGUUUCUUACGUGAAAUAUAAAAAGAAAAAUUGCCAGGCUGCACUUUUCCAAACAUUGAAAUUGAAUGGAGACUGGGGCCGCUAAUAUCCAAAAAAAAGGCCCCAUUAAAAUAUUGUAAAACUGCUAUAUUUGACAGCUUUGUGUGAUGAAAAGACAGAAACUAAAGUCAUUGUUUACCAAAAAAGCAGUUCUCACAUCAAAUAUGCUUCCACAUCAGGUUUGAGUAAUGGCACAACAAUAUUUGAUGCGUGAGGUACUGUAUUGCUGUGAAUAACGAUUUUCAUUUCGAGCUCACACAAAGCUGUUGUAUCACUGAGGAAAUGUGCAAAUGUGGAAUGAACUACUUUUAUCAUAUCUUAAUGUUGAUUCUUUUUUUGUCAUUUUGGAGCUUUAUAACUCCAGUCCUAAUUCACUUUCUUUAAAUAAAAAUUUAUAAAUGACAUAUAAAUGACGAAAUGAUGAUAAAAUAAACUGUUCCUUUGAUGCAUCUUGGUUUUCAAUAACAUCUAUUUAUUGCAAGUAUUUGACUGGAAAAUGAGGAUUUGUGUUGAAGUGCACUUUUACAGUUUUGGCUGCGGUAGAUAUAUCUGUGUCUAUCAGUGAGCUGGACUGCAGAAUGUUAUUUGCACAUGAGAGUGAUGACAUAAUUAUUCAUGAAAAAACACAUCCCAAACAAGUCAGUCACGAUAUAUACACCAUCACUCUGUUAUAAAACGACUCGUAUAAUACAUACAGUAUAUACCGUGCCCACUCCAAAUAUAAAUAUGUAGAGAAAUGUCUUUCUGUCUUAGUUCUUUGGUUAAACUUGUCAUUAAUGUGAUACUCGUUACAAUUAUUGUGUUCAUAGUGUAAGAUUUUGGUCUCUGGACAAAGGUCAACAAUCUAGUCCAAUAAUAGAGAGAGAGAGAAAUACAUUUCUUCAUAUUAUUUCUUCAUCAGUGUUUAUUUUUGUCCAGAGGGAUCUUCUGUGCACAUUAAAGUGUAGAUUUUCAGUGUUCUUGCUUGUUAAAGGUUUUCAUUUCAUAAGGAAUGAGAAUUUCAUUUGAAAUCGUGUCUUGUCCAUGUUAUUAACAGUCUGGCAAAUGGAGAGAACUAUACAGUAUACGUAGAGGGAGGAUUCAAGCAAUAGUAUGUACAUAUGUGGAUAAAUGUAAAGAAAAAAGUGAUCAUUUUCACCUGAGACCCGUUUAUGAAUCUGGAAUUUUGUAAUGCAAAUUUUUUUUUCAAAGAUUUUCAAUAAUAACAUUUUGUAUAAAUGGCAUUUUUUUCCUUUCCAUAUUCUCCUAAAAGACCGCUAACAGCACAUCAGGUCAAUUGAAUUACACAAACUGUACUGCAUAUCAUUUUAUUGUAGCAUGUGAUGGUUGAUAUCAUUUUGAUUUCAAAGCGUGUAUGAGUUCAUUAUUUCAAUAUCAUUGUUCCUCUGCAGGUGGCUUCUGGGCUACAGGAAUAACACUUUUUUUCUCAGUGAAUGCAAUAGUAGUUUGCAAAUAAUAGUUUGUUGUCUGUCAGUUUUGAUGCUAAAAAACAUUUUCAAUUGAUUUGCCAACACAUUAAAUAGUCAAACAUACAGGUGAAAUUCUGUCCCUUACGUUUACAUAUUUUGUCCUUCACAAUUGAUCAUAUUUUGUCUUUUCCAAAGCAGUUAGUGAAGUGAUUUGAUUAUUUUCAUUGUUUCAAGUGUUCAUUAGAAUGAACACUUGAAAUGUUGUUUUAAGGAAUGUCUUGUAAAAAGCUACAUUUCAUGUUUAACACAAAGCACUCUAAAUUCAUUGAACAUUUGUCAAAAAUCUCUGUCCUCUUUAUUUUACGCUUGUUUCAGUUGAUUUUUUUCAUGCUUUGAAUGGAGACAAGUUUUGAAAUAUGAUAUUGCUUAUUGACCAAUACAUUUUUCCCAUGGAAUUCUGUUCUGCCUUUUCUCACUUUACCUGUUUGCACAAUA